GGGGAAGGCGAACAACAAAACUUGAUGUUAAACAAACAAUGAUCAGUAUUUUUGUUGUGACUAUCUGUUUAAUAUAAUAUACAGGUGGUGUUUCAAGACAAAAAGAUGGGGACCACGUCUGCAGCACUAUGGUCUUUGGUACUUCUUCAGGUAUACUCUCUCGCAUCAGGUGAGCCCUCACAAUAUAGAACUUACCGAAUUCUAAACACCGGUACAAGAUACCAAGACUAUUACUCUUACAACAGUAACCCAUAUGUGGAGCACCCUUACAGAUACACAUAUACCGAAUCAAGACCGGUCAACGACGGUAAAGUUUAUAUAACAGACAAGUACGGUAACACAAUUGCCCACACACAAAGCGAAUAUGAUAGAAGAUAUGUACAGGGUGCUCGGUACAGAUCUAUUGGGGACUGUUUAUAUUGUCCCAGUGGUUAUUUUAGAGAAGCAAUGCAAGUCACAACUUGUACGGCCAAUACCUGUGGACAAAACGCUCAGUGCCAAGUAAUAGGUGGUAGACCAGUUUGUUCUUGCUACAGGGGAUACUCUGGGGAUCCUCUAUCUGUAUGUACUAGGUCAGAAUGUCUCUCAGAUGGAGAAUGUAGGGAUCAUUUAACAUGCAGAAAUGGCAGAUGCAUUGAUCCAUGCGCAGGAACUUGUGGAGUAAAUGCUGACUGUCAAGCCAGAAACCACGUGCCCGUUUGUAGUUGCCCUCCAGGAUAUACUGGAAGCCCUUUUAGCAGUUGUAGGAGAUUUGAUCCCUCUGAGUUGUGCCAUCCUAGUCCUUGUGGACAAAACACUAACUGUGAAGUAGUUAAUGGGGUGCCCACCUGUAAAUGUCGUCCAGGGUUUCAGGGUUCUCCCAUAGCAGGAUGUCGUCACGAAUGCGAAAGUGAUGGUGAAUGUAAUUCUAAUCAGGCUUGCAUAGAUUUCCGUUGCCAAAAUCCCUGCAGUACACAAUGCGGUGAAAAUGCAGACUGCCAAGUUAGAAACCAUCAGGCCAUUUGUUCUUGUCCCAAGAAUUACUUUGGCAACCCUUCGAUAUCUUGCAAACCGGAAUGCUACGGUGACGUAGACUGCCCACCAGGUAGACCCGCCUGUUUCUAUGGUAUUUGCAAAAGCCCGUGCGAGGGAGUCUGCGGUGUAGGUGCUGAUUGUAACUUGAGAGGACUGACACCAGUUUGUUCUUGUCCGAAGGAUAUGACCGGGGAUCCGUUUGUGAGGUGUAGACCUUUUGAAGCACGCGAUCUCUGUGAACCGAAUCCUUGCGGAGCCAAUGCAUACUGUGAACCUGGAUUCGAGACUAGGAAUCCUUCAAAAGAACGCCCGGUGUGUUUCUGUCAAACCGGGUAUGUUGGCAAUCCCGUAACAGGAUGCAGCAGGGGUGAAUGUUUAGGAGAUGGUGAUUGUCCUAGCAACAGAGCUUGUAUUGACUAUGCAUGCCAAAAUCCCUGCGUAGGCCAAUGCGGAGUUAACGCGGAAUGUAAUCCAAGGAACCACUUGGCUGUGUGCACGUGUCCUCAAGGGUACCAAGGAGACGCUUUAAGUCAGUGCUAUCUUAACAGAGGGCAAACAGCAGCAAGAUAUAUUAGAUAUAAGCGUGCCCAAGAAGAAUUAAAAGGAAAUGGUACCAUUACGACACCUUAAAAUGUUGUUGUCUUAAUUGACACCAAAAUUAUCGCACUUUUGUUCAAUAAUUCGUAAUAUUUUUUAACUUGUAGAUAGUGUUAUUGUUUUUAAAAAUGGCUGCCUUAAAGUAACAUAUUCAAACUGCCAUUAAAGUAAUUUCAUUGUUGAUAUUUUUUUUAAUAUAUUUUGUUUGUAAUUUGA